GAGCUAGCCUGAACCUCCAGGACCUCAGCCCUUCCAGGAGAAUCUGAUCCCAGGUGAGGGAGGUCACUUGGGGUGUGGCCCAGCAGGCAGGCGGGACUCCAGGCUGAGAACAGAAGUCAGCCCUGCUGGGGCUGGGAGCUGAAGGAGCUGUUCCUUUCUCACAGGUGUUAGACGAGGAAAAGUGAUCAUUGCCACACCAGGAGCUGAAGCCAUGGCCUCAAAGCCUGAGAAGAGGGUGGCAUCGUCUGUCUUUAUCACCCUGGCACCCCCACGCCGCAAUGUGGCUGUGGCGGAGGAAGUAAGGCAGGCGGUUUGUGAGGCCCGGCGUGGCCGCCCCUGGGCGGCUCCUGCCCCAGUGAAGACACCCGAGGCUGGCUUGGCGAGGAGGCCCAGCCCCUGGACACCCCCUGGCAAGGCUGCAACCACAGUGCCAGCUGCACCUCUGCAGCUUUCCAAUGGAGGAUGCCCACCCCCUCCUCCUGUCCUGGAUGGUGAGGAUGUGCUUCCUGACCUGGACCUCCUCCCGCCCCCUCCACCGCCCCCUCCGGUGCUCCUACCUUCUGAAGAGGAGGCUCCUGCUCCAAUGGGGACCUCACUCAUUGCAGACUUACAGCAGCUGCACCUGUCCCCGCCUCUGCCCCCGCCCCCACCACAGGCCCCAGCGGAGGGACCUUCAGUCCAGCCUGGUCCCCUCAGGCCCAUGGAGGAAGAGCUGCCACCUCCCCCAGCAGAACCUGUUGAGAAAGAGGCGUCCACAGACAUCUGUGCCUUCUGCCACAAGACCGUGUCCCCCCGAGAGCUGGCUGUGGAGGCCAUGAAAAGGCAGUACCAUGCCCAGUGCUUUACAUGCCGCACCUGCCGCCGCCAGCUGGCUGGACAGAGCUUCUACCAGAAGGAUGGGCGACCCCUCUGCGAACCCUGCUACCAGGACACGUUGGAGAAGUGCGGCAAGUGUGGCGAAGUGGUCCAGGACCACAUCAUCAGGGCCCUGGGCCAGGCCUUCCACCCCUCCUGCUUCACGUGUGUGACCUGCGCCCGGUGCAUUGGGGAUGAGAGCUUUGCCCUGGGCAGCCAGAACGAGGUGUACUGCCUGGAUGACUUCUACAGGAAAUUCGCCCCCGUCUGCAGCAUCUGUGAAAAUCCCAUCAUUCCUCGGGAUGGGAAAGAUGCCUUCAAAAUCGAGUGCAUGGGAAGAAACUUCCAUGAAAAUUGCUAUAGGUGUGAGGACUGCAGGAUCCUCCUGUCUGUUGAGCCCACGGACCAAGGCUGCUACCCCCUGAACAACCGUCUCUUCUGCAAGCCGUGCCACGUGAAGCGGAGUGCUGCGGGGUGCUGCUGAGUACCUGCUGGGCAGUGAAUGGACCACUAGCCCCGGCUGGGGCCCUUCCCUGAGUUGGUUUCCCUUCCUGACCUGCUCUUGCACACUUUCCUUCUGAGCCUCCAUGGGGACCAGCCUGCAAGUCGGCCUAGCCUGUCCAGGAUACAGUGGGGCUGAGUACCCCCAGGCCUUCCACUCCUCCUCUACCCUCUGGGCAUCAGAAGGCUCCUGGACUAUGAGCAUCACCCCCAGAAUUCCCUGCUGACCCCACCCCACUUCCAGGGAAAAGCUGGGGGAAGUUGGACCCUUCUCACUGACUAGCUGUCUGGUAGGGGUGCUGGGACCAGCCUGGCUUGCAGGGUUGAGCUAUUUGAGGAACAACUCCAAGGUUCCUUAGAAAGGGCUUUUUAGAGGCUGGGCAGGGUGGCUUACGCUUGUAAUCUCAGCACUUUGGGAGGCCAAGGUGGGUGGAUCAUUUUGAGAUCAGGAAAGACCAGCCUGGCCAACAUGAUGAAACCCUGUCUCUACUAAAAAUACAAAAACUAGCCGGGCAUGGUAGCAGGUGCCUGUAAUCCCAGCUACUAGGGAAGCUGAGGCAGGAGAAUCUCUUGAACCUGGGAGGCAGAGGUUGCAGUGAGAUUGCACUGCAGCCUGGGUGACAAGAGGGGAACUCUGUCUCAAAAAAAAAAGUGCUUUUUAGACUGGGCGUGGUGGCUCAUGCCUGUAAUCCCUGCACUUUGGGAGGCCAAAGCAGGCAGAUCACUUGAGGUCAGAAGUUUGAGACCAGCCUGGGCCAAUAUGGGGAAACCCUGUUUUUAUUAAAAAUACAAAAAUUAGCUGGGUGUGGUGGCUCGCACCUAUAAUC